CAAUUGUGCCUGCUAUGCUAACUGCCAUAGAAAAUGAAAGGAUACCAAUGGAUCAUCACUUCUGACUCCACUCCUACUGAAUUUGAGUUCUCAGUGACACCUGUAGAUAAAGAGUCCAUGUUUUUCCAUUAGUGAUACCAGCAUCAACACAGCCUUCAAACUGAUAUUUUCUUUCGUGGUCUGCCUCUAACUAGAACUCCAGGAUCCAUGCACAUAUUGCAUCUGUAAUUUGCUUGGUGUUCUGAAUGGCUGUUGGAUAGAGAUGUAUAGCCUGAUGGCCAAUUGCUGCAAUUGGCUAAAGCGGUGGCGAGAACCUGUCAGGAAAGUGACGUUAAUCAUGGUGGGUCUUGAUAAUGCUGGGAAAACUGCAACAGUGAAAGGAAUCCAAGGAGAGUCUCCUGAAGAUGUGGCUCCAACAGUUGGUUUUUCUAAAAUUGACCUUAAACAAGGCCGAUUUGAGGUCACAAUCUUUGACUUGGGAGGCGGAAAGCGAAUCCGGGGUAUCUGGAAGAAUUACUACGCUGAGUCCUAUGGGAUAAUAUUUGUUGUGGAUUCCAGUGAUGUGGAGAGAAUGGAGGAGACAAAAGAGACGAUGUCAGAGGUUUUAAGGCAUCCAAAGAUAUCGGGGAAACCUGUAUUAGUGUUAGCUAAUAAGCAGGACAAAGAAGGUGCCCUGGCAGAAGCAGAUGUAAUUGAGUGUUUAUCUCUUGAAAAGCUUGUCAAUGAGCACAAAUGCCUCUGUCAGAUUGAGCCUUGUUCAGCUAUCAUGGGCUAUGGGAAAAAAAUUGACAAAUCUAUAAAGAAAGGCUUACUUUGGCUAUUACAUAUUAUAGCCAAAGAUUUUGAGGUCUUACAUGAAAGAAUCCAGAAAGACACUACAGAGCAGAAAGCAGCAGAAGAACAAGAAAAACGAGAACGGGCAGAACGAGUGAGGAAGAUACGGGAAGAAAGAGAACGGAAAGAAAGAGAAGAAGCUGAGCGUGAAGGAAGGAACAUUUCGGAUGAAGGUGAACCUGAGAUCAUAACUGGCAAUCCAUUCCAGCUCAUAUCAGCUGUAAUCAUUGAGAAUGAAAAGAAAAUUGAAAAAGAGAAGAAGAGACAGUGGGAGGAAAGUGAAAAGGAUGCCAUUGUCUUGAAACCUCAAACAAAUCAGGAGCAAAUGGACACUCAAAGCCUAAAUAGCCAACGAUUCACUGAUGGUAGCCUGGUAGAAAAUUACAAAUCUGCAUUGACUCAAGAGUUGGAACAUGAAGAUGAGAAUGAGCAGCAGAUCUCAGAAAGUUUUGAUUCUGGUGAUAAUGUCACCUUGAAUUCAGGAACAGAGAGCAGUAAAAAGAAAGCAAAGAAGCUAAAAUUAAAAAGAAGUCAUCGAGUGGAACCAGUUAACACGGAAGAGACAAUAUCCCCAGAUCCUACACCAGUAGCACCUCUUGCACCAAUUGGAUGGGAAACUCCUAAGGUUAACAGAGUUCGAAAACUUGAACCUCUUGGUGAAACACGUCGUAAUGAUUUUUAUGGAAAGCCACUGCCUCCACUGACUCUGCGGCAGAGACCUAACAGCGAUUCCCAUGAUGUCAUUUCUUAACUAUUCAUCACAAGGCAGCUUAUGAAGCUAGGACCUCUGUUUGACAGAAUUUCCAUGUUUCAGGAGACAUUUGCUAUUCUUGACAAUUUUGGAGCAAGGACUCUACAAUUGCCUUAGGAUUUUAACAGUGAGGAUGAUCCUGGUGAACUUAAUUAUACUAUCUCCUUCUUGACUCAUCAGCAGCUUUUCAUGGUUAACAUGGAAUGAAAAAAUUUGCAAAAGGAGAGCAAAGCUUUGCAGGUGGAAUGACAGUUAUAAACCAGGAGAAUACUGCUUUCAAAACCAGUUGGAACUUGAUUGUUCUCACAUAAGGACUUUAGUUUGGCUUAGCAUAUUUCAGUAUACAAUGUUAUUUUUUGUAAAAUAUCUGCAUGUUCAAAUGAAAAAUAUAAUAUGAAGUGUACAUUUAAACUAUUUUUUAUAUUUUUUCUAGUUUGUUGAUUUUUAACAGAACUAUUUGGUUAACAUAACUAUUUUGAGAUACUAAAGUUCAUAGCUAUAUUCAUCAGCAAGAUGUACUUCUGAAAGUCACAUUUUUGGAAAAGCAAUACAGUUUGCAUGUGAUUUGCCUCACAAGUUGACUAGCUGCUAAUAUAUUGUUAUUGUGUCUCGUCCUAAUUCACAUGGAAGAAGUGUGCACCCAAAUAGAUGCCACACUCAUGAGUCCCCCAAGAAGAAGAAAAUAAAAACCAUGGCUGGCUCUCUGCAUGGUGAACUACAGCUUAAAUCUCUGAAGCAGUAUUGUGUAUUGUGAAAAAUUGCAGCCCCCGCCUCUUCUCUAGGUCAGUGGUAGUACUGAAGUUUGUAUCUUCAGAAAGCUCUAAUCAGCAUAGCUUGUCAUGAGAGAUGCUGGGAAUUACAAUCUAAAACAUCUGGAGCAGCAUAGUUAUUGGAUAUUGGGAAUAUCAAGGAUCUGUGGAGUUCUGUGUACAUGGGCAGUUUCUGGCAUGACAUUUUCAGGCUGAGGAAAUAACAUGUACCUCAUUUAUACAUAUAUUUCCUCAUGUCAGCUUACGUUUUAAUCUCCUGUGAUGAAAUAUCCAAUAUUAUGGUGAUAAUCUCAAAUGAAUACUCUCAAGUGAAUUUAUAUUAAUUGAUAAUUAACAAGAAAGUAAAGAAUAAAAAUUAAGAUGUCACCAUUUAAGUUAUAUAGUAUCCCUUUUGUAGAAGAAUAAAAUCUGACUUCUGAGAUGUUCUUGCUGAGAUCUGUGGAUGUAAUAGAUAACAGCCAGAAUCCUGGUGUAACUAUAAUUGCAUUAACUGCAGCACUGAAUUACCAUUAAUUACCAAAUUACCACCUGCAUGCUUGAUUGUGAAUUACUAGGAAUGCAAGUGGCAACCUAUUCAUUUGUGAUAAUUUACCACUGCAAGUUACACAAUUAGAGUGCUAUAAGCCAACAAUAGGAUCCUAGCUAAUGUACUGAGACCUCCCAUUUGCUCAGAUGUUUCUGUACAUGAAUAUUGUUGGAGGGGUAUUAAACUUAGUCACCAUGGAUAAAAUGUAGUCUCCCGAGUGUUACAGGACACAUGAAAACCUCUGUUCAUAUUAACCUCUAGGUGUACAUUAUAGCCUUUUGCAAUGGUCAUGUUCAAACAGUGCUCUAAAUCCUCUUCUGUAGCUACUCAGUAACUUUUUGAGGUCUAUUGCCCCUAGUUAAUAAAUCACUUUAGACAUUAUCUGUUGCACACUUAAUUGUAUGACUUAAGUGUGCAACUGAUAAUGGCUAUGGUGAUUUUUUGGGGAUGUUUGCUUCAAAAAAGUUGUGUUAUUUAUACUAUGCCAGUGUAACUAGAUAAGAGGAUUUGGGCUAUUGUGAUGUUAGAACUCCCUUCAUCGUUUCUUUGUACUGCAUAUUUGUUUGAAUUGCAUUUGAAGAUAAUUCUGCACUGUGAAUAAAACUGGCACAACUGAAAUCUCAACUUUGUUA